CUUUCACCUGCGACAAGAGGAACAAUGUAGACUAAAAAUCCACUUCCGGGUGGUGUUACCAAAAUUGAGCUGAGUUUUAGCAACACCCAAUGGACGUUUUAAUUUGUGCAGCUAACUAAUUUCCUGUAAUAACUGCAGUGGUUCGUGAUACCUUGAUGACGUCGUUUGGAAUAGCUUUUCUGAUUGGUCGCGCCCCCUGUAGAAGACUUAAAGCGCUAAUGUAAUUGGUGGAGCUGCAGGCGGAAGUAAAUGUACAGUUCUUGCUGCCUUUGGUGUUGAAAAAUUAAAUCCUUUUGUACCCGAGUUAAGACCAGAGAUCAGAAUGUGAAAUAAUAUAACGUCUCAAGAAAAUAAUAAAAUAUAUCAAGAUUUACAUACACAUGCGUAACCUUAAAUAUUUUGUGUAAGUUUAUUUUAAUUUAAUGUACUAUAUAGAAAAAAUAUCUACCAUUUAAACCUAAAUAUUGGCUAAAGGUGCCAAAAUGAAUAAAAUGUUAAAAUAUUAAGUCGUUAUUUUUAACCAAAGGCGGUAGAAGAAGAUUCCUGUGCAGCGCGUGCAAUGCUGCCUCCGCUUUCUCAGAUUUAGGUACCGUUAGCAAGCUUACUAGCAAAGAAAGUUUCCGUUUCAGAUUAAUACUGAAUAUUAAUACUUAGUUAUUAUAUUGAAAACUAGUUACUUACAACCAAUAAACAUGAAUUGGGUUGGAGGCUCCAGGUAAGAGUCGAGAGAAGAAGAAAAAAAAAUCCCCACGAGCUCCAUAAGUAGAAUAACGUUUAGCUAACGAAACAACGGUUGUUCUGCUAACAUUUUAGGAACCGGUUAGUGAUGAAGAACGAUACAAAAAAGCAAAGGGAGUUUUUUGCAAAGAGAAAACUGCAGCAAAAACUUAAGACGCUGGGCGUGACUCCAUCCGUCUCCUCACCUGGGGACAUCUCCUCCGGGAGCACAGACCUUCUGACCUUGUUUGUUGUCAACCAGAUAGCUUCCAAAAAAACAAAUCAAGAACCUCCAAAAGUCGCAGUCUUUGGCAGAUCUAAAGGAUCCAAGCCUUGGAGAAACGAGCCCUUGGUUCUCCCAAUGAGCCCGUGCUCUCCAUCAAACCUCAGCCUUGCUGACAGCCCGGCUCAGUUCAGUGUUCAAGAAAUCAGAAAACUAAAGAGUUCGCAGAGGAUCACGUAUGGACAGUUAUCACCAGUACCGGAGUCAGCGCUCUCGGACAACAGCGCAUCUGACUACCUUCCACACACUUCUCCUUCCACAUCGUUCUCUUCAGGCCGAGGAUUAUUCCCGCUGCAGACGAAUGAGCAGAAACAAAGCCUGACUCGGUCGCAGCCUCUUCCCCGCUAUUCUCCACCACUUUGGGACACAUCAGCGCUGCAGCAAGCUGAGGCAUUUCAGCCUUUCUCCCAGCCCAGAGGUAUGACCAAUCCCAUCUCCUGGUCUGUCAGAGCCAACCCACUCUCUUUCCAGCUGGAGACCCCCACGCCAUCCCAGGUCCUAUUUGGAAGUCCAAAACCAGAUAAAACCGAAGCAGGAGGUCAUGGAGGACAUUCCAGUCCCUUUUGUCUGGACCAACUGGAGACCAACCAGCCCACGCUGGACUUUCCAAUAAGCCAAUCAGAGCCUGUCCAUCUGUUUGAAGAGAACGUCUUCACAAUGUUUAAUGAUAAUACGCAUGGAACAGAAAGUGCACUCUUUGGGAAUGGAUGCUCCAAGGUAUUUCUCAGAAAGGAAUCGUCAGUGAGGCUUUCAUCCCCUCAAACUGUACCCAGUCCUCAGGCUGUUGGAAUGGAGCUUUCCAACGGCACUCACAGAAAUUCCACAUGUCUUGGAGAGAAUGCUGGGCUUUUGAAAAGCUUUGAAUAUUUGCCAAGUUGCUCAUGCAGAGCAGGUUACCUCAGUUCAGACUCCAAUGAUGAUGAAUCUUGCUGUGAGUCAUGUGGCCAUGAGUCUGUUUUUUAUUUGGAUGAAGCCUGCUCUGACAAUCUGAAAUCAGCCUCACAGAGAAUUACUGUCCUUUCCCAACCGGGGCCUCUCACCCCGUUAACAAGAUCCAAUGUGAAUGUUGGAACCAACCAGAACAAGAUGCCAAAUGAGGUCAGCACAGAUAAUAAAGCUUCUGGAAGCCAGCAGUCGAGGAGCUCCGUGACUCCGCCAUCAACUCAUAACUCCGAAGUGUGUAGAUGUAAGAAAGCUGAGAGUCGAGACGCAGCGACUCAGACUGUGUGCUCAGGCACAGCUGGCACGUGUGAUGUUUCGACUCAGUGCAGCUUCGACGCAAAUGGCGAGACCAAAGCCAAAGGUUUGUGUCGACCAGCCGUUGAUGCAUCGGAACAGUUUCCACUGAAUGAGAGGGAGACUGACAUGGAGACACAGACACUCAGAGCACCAUCAAAAGGCUCAGCGAGUAAAGAAGGAGUGACUCCUUGGAGCUGGAAGGGAUUGAGGACGGGCUCAAGAGGCCGGAUUUUCAACAUUGUUCCUUCAGAUAAAAUCCUGCAGGGACCCAUCAACCCCUUGCUUGGUGUUUGGAGGCCAAAAGGAGAGGAAAAUGGAGACGAGAGCGAGCAGAGAGGGCCAGACAGGGAGAACCUGGUGAAGGACGAGUCAGACGAAGGAAGAGAGGAGGUCAGGGGUCACACACUGUCGGAGGAGGUGGAGACGCUUCGAGAAAUAGCCGACGUUUUGCUUCUGCUGAGGCAGAAGUAAACAAAGGAUGGCGGACAGAUAAGGAAAAGUCAAGACCAUCCACAAACUUGGAGGAUAUGGGGGUGGGGGAAUCUCAUCUAGGGGAGCUAACAUUACCACGCAACGCUACAAGCCG